AUGUUGUUUCAUGCUCCACCAGCAGUCACCAAAUGCGACGAAGGUAAGCUUUCUGACCUUACAUUGCGAACUGCGGUAAAAGGCUUUAUCCAAGUUAAACUAGCUACUCAUUUGUUGAUCGUCCUCAAAGUUGCCAUAAGAAUCAUCAACAAGAAGGCUAUAGGGGAUGAUCUUCCACGAGUUGCGACAGAACUUGACGCACUUAGGACUUUGUCGCAUCAGAAUAUUUGUCGGCUAUAUCAGUUUAUUGAGACGGAAGAUAAAUAUUAUAUCAUAAUGGAGUACUGUAGUGGAGGUGAAAUGUUCGAUUAUAUUGUAAGGAAGGAGCGACUUGAAGAAUCAGAAGCUCGUCACUUUUUCCGUCAACUAGUCCAAGCUAUGGCUUAUGUCCACUCCAUGGGUUAUGCACAUAGGGAUCUGAAGCCUGCUGAACUUACUUUUGACGGAGGACCUCCACCUAAAGGUCAUAGACUUUGGGUUAUGUGCUAUGGCAUCUUCGCUUUGUCGACCUCUGGAUACACGUUGUGGCUCGCCUGCCUAUGCCGCUCCCAAGGUGAUAGCUGGAAAGGAGUAUCUCGGCAAUGAAGCUGGUAAUUGGUCUAUGGGCGUCCUACUUUAUGCUCUUCUAUGUGGAACUCUACCUUUCGAAGACGAGUCAAUGCAAGUUCUACACCGGAAGAUUUCCGUAAGUUGGAAAUGAAUAAGUAAUCUAGAAUUACUAGUCCACUGAUGAGCUGGAAAAUGCAACAAUUAGAUUUGCGGUAUGACCAACAUCUUCGCGUUGUCACUUGACUAUCUUCACCCACGUCAUUAGUCCCCAUGUAUUUGCGAACUCUUUAUCUUCACUUUCUUAGAGAGGACAAUACCAGGAGCCAAAGUGGCUCAGUCCUAGCAGUCGCACGUUACUUCGAAGUAUGUUGCAGGUAACCAAAACUCUCUAUUGACUUCCUGCGGCGGUAUUCAUCAACGAAC